AAUCUUUUGUUCCACAGGAUCAGGAAAUCUUCUUGGAGUUAUGAAACAUCAUAUAGAGAUUCAAAUACUUAGCCUGCAGCAGAAUGGCAAAAUGAUCAUUGAAGAUCAAUGAACUGAGCCAUGUUCAAAUCCCUGUUAUGUUGAUGCCAGAUGAUUUCAAAGCAUAUUCGAAGAUAAAGGUGGACAAUCACCUUUUCAACAAAGAAAACAUGCCAAGUCAUUUCAAAUUUAAGGAAUAUUGUCCCAUGGUUUUCCGCAACCUGAGAGAGAGGUUUGGAAUAGAUGAUCAGGACUUUCAGAAUUCCUUGACAAGAAGUGCGCCACUUGCUAAUGAUUCUCAGGCACGUAGUGGUGCCCGCUUUCACACCUCAUAUGACAAAAGAUAUGUCAUCAAAACGAUAACAAGUGAAGAUGUAGCAGAAAUGCACAACAUUCUCAAGAAAUACCAUCAGUUUAUUGUGGAGUGUCAUGGGAAUACACUUCUUCCCCAGUUUUUGGGCAUGUACAGGCUUACUGUUGAUGGAGUUGAGGUAUAUAUGAUUGUUACAAGAAAUGUGUUCAGCCAUCGUUUAUCUGUUUAUAGAAAGUAUGAUUUAAAGGGCUCUACUGUGGCUAGAGAAGCCAGUGACAAAGAAAAGGCCAAAGAACUGCCGACAUUCAAAGACAAUGAUUUUAUUAAUGAUGGCCAAAAGAUUCAUAUUGAUGAAAACAACAAAAAGAUGUUCCUUGAAAAGCUCAAAAAGGAUGUUGAGUUUCUUGCCCAGUUAAAACUCAUGGACUACAGCUUGCUGGUUGGAAUUCAUGAUGUUGAGAGAGCUGAACAGGAAGAAGUAGAGUGUGAGGAGAAUGAUGGAGAAGAUGAAGGGGAAAGUGAUGGAGCCCACCCAAUUGGAACACCUCCAGACAGUCCAGGAAACACACUGAACAGCUCUCCGCCUUUGCCUCCAGGAGAAUUUGAUCCAAACAUUGAUGUUUAUGGCAUAAAAUCCCAUGAAAGUGCACCUAGGAAGGAAGUAUACUUUAUGGCCAUUAUUGACAUUCUUACUCACUAUGAUGCAAAAAAGAAAGCAGCUCAUGCAGCGAAAACUGUUAAGCAUGGUGCUGGUGCGGAGAUUUCAACAGUUAACCCUGAACAGUAUUCAAAGCGUUUCUUGGACUUUAUUGCCAACAUUUUGACGUAACCUAUCACAUUAAAUAGGACAGACACAAGACCUGGGGACAGCAGCAGUGGCUACAAGAAUAAGGGGGGGAAAAGGAACUCAGAGAAGUGUUCAUCUUGCAGAAAGCAACCCCAUUGUUUACAUCUGCUGGCAAAGAUGACCGCUACAGGGUGGAAUAUUCGCUUUAACAGCUGCCUGAUAUUCCCAGCAUAGUUCUAGCUAUUUCUGACUUUUUGUGUGUGCAAAAAAAAUAAAAAUAUAAAUAAAUUAAUUAAUUAAAUAGCUCAGCUUUACUCGGAGUGCAUUGCGAAGGCAACAUUCUGAUGCUACUAGCUGACUUGGAAUGAAUGAGCAAAGAGGUGUGGGGUGGGGGUGGGGGAGGAGUAAAUGCAUGUUAAAUUUACAAUAUUGGUAUCAAAUUGUAAACUGUGGAUCAGUUUAUUUUUUGAACUGAAAGGAUGCAAGACAGUAUUCAUGAUGAUGAUGAUAAUAAUUAUAGAAACCUUACUGAGAAUGUGUUACACUUAUACCCUGCACGCUGGCACUCCUUAAAAAAUAGCUGCAACGUUAAGCUCUUGGUGCCGGAAGCUUUUCCUGUUAGCUCCCUAGCUCUAUUGCUGCUUUUUUAUUUUCUUUGCAUCAGCACAUUGCAUCAGGAAAUCCAGACUCCGAAGCGUCAAAGAGUUAAUGUCUCAUGUCUUACAAGGAGCUAAUGCCAUAUUCAUGCUGUGUAUAUGUUUUUGCCACAGCGAAUUAAUGUUGAGAGAAAACCCUGCUUAUUUCACUUUUAUUACCUGAAGUUUUUUCAUUGUUUUAUAUUCUUGCAAUAUAGGAACUAAUAAUGUUACACGGGGGAAAAAGCUUAUUGGAAGAAGUGCAUAGUUUUGGGCAAUAGUAGCUACAUUUUUCAGCACAGGAAAGUGCACGCAAUGGUAGAAAUCUCUACCCUCCUGUAAUUUAAUGAUAAUCUGAAGUUUAAAUGCUUAUGUUGUACUUUUUAAACAGUGGUAUUUUAUUAUAAAUUAUCCCUCUAAAAAUCAACCCUGAAUUUUACUGUUUACAUUAUUAUUAGGAAAACAGGGAUACUUUUGAAUUUCAGAGUUUGUGUACAGUAUGUGAUUUUUGAAGUUUACAUGUAAAGUUUAUUUUGCAGUACAGAUGAGGUAAUCUGUCAUCUUUCAAGGUGUAACAUGCAGUAGUGUACUAAAGUGAACGUCUCAUUCACCUCCAUGGUAGAAUCUCUUUUACAAUAAAUGGAGAAAAAUUGUUUGAGGUUUUUCAGAUGUUCUUUUUAUCAUCUUAAAUUACUUGUUUUACUGUUUACCCAAUUUGAUUGUAUGAUACAUUGCCUAAAACUGUGUUGAUCAUGUUUAUUUUAACCUGUUAACAAUUUAAACAAAUAUAUUGUAUUUACAUUCUUUUUUCCUGUAUCUUCCUGAACAGUUCCAAGCUUAAAAGACACAAAAUUAGAAAUGCUUAAAGUUUAUUACCUACUUAUACACUGUGCUAAAGCUGUGCCUUUAAAAUUCUUUGUUGAAACAGUUAGAUUUUGUAGGCAAUUUAAAAACAAAAUCACACCUUCCCACCAUAAUUUAUAACUUAAACCCAGGAGUGCCAGGAUGCCUUCUCCAAUAACUUAAUGUCAGUGCUAUUAAGACUGCAACUGUGCAUAAUGUAUGUAGUGCUUACUUCAGAGAAAUCUAUUUAAAUAGCUGCAAAUCAUGAUAUCUUCAGCAGCCAAUGGCAAUACCUCCUUUAUUGCUGUAUACAGUUUUUUCCCUCAUGGUUUUAUCAUCUUUGACUUGGUGAUGUUAGCAGUACUGUAAUGUACGUGUACAAUUUGUAUUUGUAUGUAUUUAAAUAAGUUGAUACUGUGGCUUGUUUUUUUUGUUUUUUUUUUCCUCCCACUCUACCCCAGUCCCCCAGGUUAACUCUGGUAUCACACACGUUUGUUUUUUGAGGUAUGCAGUGGCUUCUAAAGGUAUGAGACUGCAGAGAGACCCUGAAGUAAAAAGGAGGUACACAUACAUUGUUCAAGCAAAUAUUUAAUUGUGGCCAAUUAGCAUAUGCUUUUUAGAAGCUUACAACAAAGCUUUCUUUUUGUCUGUAACAGUCUUUGUCACUCAUUAUUGUUGAUAAACAUUAUUUGGACGGGUGAGGAAGACUCACAUUGUAUAUCUUAGUGCUUAGACUACACUCCAGACAUGAGCAAGGCUUUAUAAAAUAAAGCACUUUGAUGACUCAC